UCGUCUCCUGGACUAGACUCAGACAUAGGAACGCAAAAAAAAAAAAGAAAAAAGUGGUGGGGUUACCGGCAAAAGGCGGAGUUGCACAUAAAAAGAAAGGGCCCCUCCUUCUUGAAUGAAAACUUCAGAUAGACCUAUCCAGGGAAACUGCCAUCUUUUUCUUUUCCUUUAUCUUUUCUUUCCACCCUCGUGCUUUUCCCGCCCAAAUCUUAACGUUAUUUUUUCUUUUAACGUUUGUAGGCUGGCAUGGGCAUUUUGGGCAGCACCGAUCGAAGAGGUCUUUGAAUCGACCUCGGACAUGAUGGAUCUCAACGGGAUGGUCGACACGCUCGAGGAGACCAAGGAGAUCAAGUUCGCAGAGGGAUACAACGCCGAGGUGGAGUGCAUCCGCCUCGCCUUCGACCCUGUUGUUGCCUCCCAUCGCCCGCUUAUUUAUUACGCCUUGGUCUGGAUUGGAAACACCGUGACGGGACUGAUCUUUCACCUGCUCGGCUUUGCCCGCUUCGAGGGCACCGUCAUCCAGACCCACGCAUUCGAGAAGGCCGCCCGACAGGGCCACGCCGUGGACCCAACCACGGAUAUCUCGUACUGGCACCGAUCGCUAGCAGACCCCCAGAACAAAGUCCCCCUAGUCUUCAUUCAUGGCAUCGGCAUUGGUCUUGUCCAGUACAUCCACUGGGUCAUCGCUCUGUCGACCCUCUCUCGCCCCAUCAUCGUGAUCGAGGUCCCUUAUGUCUCCAACAACCUGUUUCAACGCGACUGCAUGACCCCGGACGAGUCCUAUUUCGCGAUCGAAAGGAUCCUCAAGGCCCAUGGCUACCCCAAGGCCACGUUCAUGGGUCACUCCCUCGGAACGAUGCUCUGUGCAGCCAUCUGUCGCGCCAACUCUGCAUCGUCACCGAAAUCCAUCGUCAAGGGCCUGAUCUUGGCAGACCCGAUCUGUUUCCUGACCCAUCACUCCAUCGCCCGAAACUUUGCCUACCGCGUCCCCUCAACCGCCAGCGAACUGAUCAUGGACCUCUUUGCAGCGCGCGAGAUCGGAACGUCAUGGUACAUCAUGCGCCGAUUCUGCUGGGACCAAUGCAUCAUGUUCCCGAUUUCUUGGAGACGACGACUGGAGCAAAAACCCUUGCCGCUACAGGGAAGACUCUCGCCCGUGCUCCCAAAGAUGACACGAGUCUUCCUGUCGAGGAAGGAUAACUUGCUGGACAUGGAUUUGAUUGCAGAGUACCUGCGGACGCAGGUUGGACUGAGGGAGGAUAAGGAGGAGCUACAUAUUAUGGAGAAUAUGGACCAUGCUGCGUUCUUGCUGCGGCCGGCCUGGUUCUGGAAGGUUUUGAAGGCUGCACAGGAGUGCUAAACAGAUACUUUCUCCCCAUUAUUCCCAUUAACCCAUUAAUCCCCAUUAAUUUUUUCCCCUGACCCCAUAGACCUUAUUGUAGUAUAUUGUAUAUUUCUAAUAGUGCCACAAAUCAUUUUCGCUGCCGUGUUUUGCCUACCAAAGAUGCGAUUGUUGCCGCGGAGUCUAUGGAGUCAAUGCGUCAAUGUGCGGUGCGUAUAUAAGCUGUGGCUAUGUCUUUGCUUGUAUUUUCCCACAAGGACUUGCGCAAAACCCUAAAAAAGCUUCAUGAGA